AGUUAAUUUAUGGAAUUUAAUUGAAGUUUCAUUCGUUUUAAGAAAAAAGUUUUAAAUGAAAUGAGCUGAUAACAAUUCAAAUAGUUCACUUAGAUGGUAACAAAUAAAAAUUUAUGAACAUAUGCGCGUGUGAACAGCGUACGGUGUGUAAAAACGGCAGUAGGAAUUCGGAAUUUGGUGUUAGCAUUUUGCCGGUAAUUUACAUAGCAACUCUUGUUUGUUUACAAAGAAGAGCUCGUACAAUGCCGCUGAAGAGUUUGAGUGUUUUGUUGCCGGGAAUUAAAUGGCUCCACGGCUACACCGCACAGGAUGCGGUGGCCGAUUUGAUUGCUGGCAUUACGGUGGGUCUAACAGUACUGCCCCAAGGAUUGGCCUAUGCAACGCUGGCGGGCUUGGAGCCACAGUAUGGACUGUACUCAUCGUUCGUGGGCGGUAUAGUCUAUGCGAUGCUAGGCAGUUGUCGCCAGGUGACGAUUGGACCAACAGCGCUGUUGGCGUUAAUGACUAGCCGGCAUACAGGUUUCGGCCUCGACUCUGGCCCGGCUUAUGGCAUACUUUUGUGCCUUAUUUCGGGCGUGGUGGAGCUGGGAAUGGCUGUGUUGAAGUUGGGUGCGCUGGUGGAUCUCAUUUCGUUGCCCGUAACCGUGGGCUUUACAUCUGCGACGGCUGUCAUCAUUGGCACAUCGCAGCUGAAGGGUUUGCUCGGUCUACGCGGCGGCUCUGGCUCUGAUUUCAUCAAUACGAUGCGCUCUGUCUUUGGAAAUCUGUCGCAAGUGCGUCGCGGUGAUCUUACUCUAGGAUUGGUAUCCAUCAGUGUGCUGCUGCUGCUAAGGAGAUUAAAGACGGUCAAAGUAGCGCAGCGCGUGAGAAAUCUUCGUGCCCAGCAACUGCUUAGUGGCAGUAUCUGGGUGGUAUCCACGGGUCGCAAUGCUCUUGUUGUGCUCGUCUCCAGCGUGCUUGCCUACAGCCAAUGCAAGUCCCAGGACAGCUGCCCGUUUAUCUUGACGGGGAAAGUGAAGAGUGGCUUGCCCAGCCUGGCACUUCCCAAAUUCGAGACCACAAUUAUGGGCAAGAAUGGGACAGAAGUGCCACAGACCUUUGAACAAAUGCUGUCGGAACUCGGACCUUCCAUGCUGAUAUUGCCUAUCAUUGCAGUGUUGGGAAAUGUGGCUAUUUCAAAGGCAUUUGGAGGUGCUGGAUUGAGUCCAACGCGAGAGUUGGUAGCACUGUCGUUGAGCAACAUUUGUGGUGCCUUCUGUAGUUCAAUGCCCGUUACCGGAUCUUUUUCCCGGAGCGCUGUCAAUCAUGCAAGUGGCGUGCGCACUCCAAUUGGCGGCUGCUAUACAAGUGUCUUGGUGCUGUUGGCAUUAAGUCUGCUGGCUCCGUAUUUUCAAUACAUUCCCAAGGCGGCACUCAGUGCUGUCAUCAUUUCGGCUGUGAUCUUUAUGAUCGAAUUCGAGGUCAUCCGUCCGUUGUGGCGUUGCAGUCGCCGUGAACUGUUGCCGGGUGCAAUUACAUUUGUGAUGAGCCUUGCGAUUGGCGUUGAGAUCGGUCUGCUGCUUGGCGUGGGCGCUGAUGUUGCGUUCCUUGUCUAUCGUGCCGCACGUCCAGUGUUGAGUGUGUCCAAGUUGCAGACGAUCAAUGGCAUGAGCUAUAUUUUAAUACGUCCCAAGCACAGUUCGCUCUACUUUCCGGCUAUUGAGUGGGUAAGAUCGGGCAUCUCCAAAGCGCUCUCUACUCAUGGCACUGCACCCGUUGUCCUCGACUGCGCUCAUGUCCAUGAUUUCGAUUUUACGGCUGCUCGUGGUAUGGGCUCGCUUUACAAGGAACUGGCUAAGGCCAAUGUGCCAUUGUUUCUUAUGAGCGCUCACAAGGAUAUUAGUGUUAUCCUUAAGGAGUCUACGAACAUAGACUUUCCCACGAUAGACUGUCCUAAUGAUUUGGAGAGCUUGGUAGAACAAAUGCCCGAUUUCGAGCUGCACUUACAGGUUACGGCACCUCUGGUGGAGAGCAAGAUGCUACAAACUGUUGAGGCCAAUGCCACGGAACUCUCGAAACUAACGACAAGCAGCGCCUAAACAUAUCCUAGCAAAGUACUUGCAGAUUAGCUAAAUGGGCACAAAAAUACUUGAAAUUGUAUAUUAAAUCGGUUUAUACUUAACUUAUGUUUCAUUCCUAUGCACGCAAAUGUGUUCCCAAAAAUAUUUUUAUUAUUUAAAGUGUUUAUCCAAGUUUAA